ACAAACACCCCAAAGCGCAUAAAACCCACACCACACCACACCUUGCUGGGCACACCACGCUCAACUCUCUCUCUCUCUCUCAACCUUUUCUUGCAUGCUAAGCUCUCCUUUGGAAUUUGGAUUAUUAUAAAGCAACCCCACUAACGAAAUCCGUCACCACUCCCACGGAAUCAAAACCAAUUAAUGGCCUCCGGCUGCCAAUCAAGCUGCGUCGUCAACGACGUCCUUGCCCGUAUCCAGCCCGUCCGAGCCACCUACGUGAACCUCUACAAGUGGCCCGAAUCCGACGCCGAGUUCGUGAGGUCCGUCAGCUUCGACGGCCGGCAAGGGAGCAGCUUCCGCCAACACCCCGCCGUGGUGGACAGCGUCUCGUGCCGGCAGCUGUACCUGCGGAGCUACACGUUCUCGAGGAAGGAGAGCGUGCCCGAGAAGACCAAAAAGUGUCUCGACAGGGUCAGAGAGAGAGUGUCGACGGCGUAUAGGAGAGAGAGAAAGAUGGCUUAUUAUGGCGGCGGCGACGGAAAGGGGAAGAAGAAGAAGUACGCGGGGUUCGGGAGGGCCAAGGAGGCGUCCUGCGCCGCCGUGUCGGCGGUGUUUCGGAGGUUGCUGUCUUGCACCACCAAGGUUGAUGUGGUUGGUUGAUCAUCGAAUUCUACCCACCUUUGAAUUUGUUUUGCUUAUGUAUUACUAGUAUUGUAAUCAGACUCAGACGUGUUUACUUUUUGUCUUUUUUGAUAAGGUUUUAUCUCUCUCUUGAUCA